AUGCCGUCGCAUCGCUCGCGCUGGCUAGGAGUUGCUGUGCUGGUGGCUGUCCUUUGGACUUCACCACUGCAGACGUUUAGCCUCACCGACUUCUUGAGAAACUGGCGCAGCUACGUGCGGAAGUACAGGGGACGGAAAUUCUCUAUCCGAUGGUUCCGAUCCAUGUGCGAGAUCAACAUGGAGCGUGUGCAGUGGUGGGACCAGUCGUUCGCCCGGACGCUCGUCGAUCUGGGAGACGAAGACCUGGAAUAUUAUGAGCAAUGCCGAAACACAUCGCUCGCCUUGAUAUCUGCAGGGCUUCAGCAGACAGACGUAUGCCCCGAACUACGUGACGCAUUCGACCUAGAGUCGGACACCCACCCGGUUGAAGUUCUUGGGGCCAAGCUCCAGAGCGUAGCUGAUGCUGGGCAUCUUGCCACAAUUCAAAGGUGCGUCUCUGAGGCGAUGAUUGCAGAACUGCAUGAAACACGCCUUCUCCUGAGAAAGGUGAGCCAGAUCCUUGAUUUCUCGGAGCUCCAGAAGAUGGACAUCGAAAGACUUGUUCAGCAACUGGAUGGUAUAGCACAGAUGGAAGCUAAAGACAAGGGCAGCUUCGUUCACAUACGCUUCGAUCUGGUUGAACGGGGCAUGUCUGUGAUACACGGUAUUCCCCACGCUCGGAGACAGUGGGAGCAGAGGUACAAAUACUGGAAAUCACAGGUCGGGCCCUAUAACCUUUUUGAACCCCAGUCUGCACAAUUGGCGGCGGUUGAACAACUGAGAGGUCGGCUCGGACAACCCGAUGCCGAUGAUAACACACCAUGGCAACGCUGGCGCUAUCUUUCUAUCUACCCCAGAGGUGCAAUCACAGCCGCAGAUUGA